AUGGCAGCCGAAAUUCACGUCAUCUCCAAGAAGGAUCUCACCAAACAUGAGACCAUUUCAGCCGAUGUAUCCCUUCCGCCACUAGCACCCUCAUCCAUCCGAGCCCGCUCCUCGCUCGUUGCAAUCACAUCCAACAACCUCUCAUACGCCAAGCUCGGAGACUUUCUGCAGUGGUGGUCCUCCUGGCCCGUCCCCGCCGAUGCCCCGGCCCCGUACAACAACCGGGACGAGUGGGGCAUCGUCCCGGCGUGGGGCUUCGGCAGGGUCCUCAAAUCCAACGUCGACGCCAUCCCGUCCGGCAGCCUCCUCUACGGCUUCUGGCCGACCUCAUCCCACACAGUCGACCUGAAGCUCGAGCCCCACGACCCCAAAACCCACUUCCGCGAGGUCAGCGAGCACAGGCAGGGUCUCGGCAGCAUCUACAACCGCUACAACCUCGUCGACGAGACCGCGCGGCCCGGGGAGUCCAGGGCGCUCUUCGCCAACGCCUUUUCCAUCUGGAACGCCGGCUACAUGCUCAACCGCUUCUGCUUCCCCACCGAGUACGAACCGGCACACCCGUUCGGCCGGCACGGCGGGACGUGGACGGACGCGGACGCGGACCUGAGCGCCGCCGUGCUGGUGAACCUCUCGGCGUCGAGCAGGACCGGGCGGAGCACCACCUGGAACUUUGCGCGGAACCGCAAGCCGGGCGUCAACGGCCCGCUCGCGUUCCUGAACGCAACGUCGUCGCCGAAGACCCUGGAGCCCGCGCCGCAGGCCGCGUUCGAGAUCAAGGGCGUCGGCUACGACGACCUGGCCGCGAAGGAGACGGUGGAGUGGAUCGGGAAGUUCAAGCCGAAGCGCGUCGUGGUUUUGGAUAACGGCGCGCCCUCGGCUGCUACUGAGCGCUUCCGCGAGGCGCUUGUGGGUGCGCUGCCGGAGACGUCGCUUACGCUGGUCAUGAUCGGAGGCGAGCCGAAGAUGCAGACCCCCGAGGAGUUUGUGGCUCUGAUGGGGUUGAAGUCGAAGUGGGGCGCUACUGUCCAGCUCAACACGACGUUCGUUGUCGACGACGGAGUCGCUGCGGAGGGCGGGGAGAAGUUCUUUGAGGAGAACGAGAAGGCUUUCGACAGGGCGGUCGAGGAGAAGUAUCUUGGGGACAUUGAGUUGGUUCGUGGCAGUGGAGUUUCCGGGUCCAAGGGAGUUGAGGGGGCCUGGGAGAAUAUCAUCAAGGGGACGUUGGCGCCUAGCAAGGCUUGGGUUUAUCAACUGGACGGGAAGUCACAGUGA